CGAACAUCUAGGGAAAAGUUGCACAACGAUGAUACACUGUGAGUGUGAAAGAGACUGUCUAUUACUAAGAGAGGUGUUUUGCAAUAAUCGCGAACGUGAACGCUUAUGGUGAACUUUUCUAUGUGAGUUUGAAAAUUACGAGUGAAGUUUGCGUUUUCUCGUUCCGUUCAUCGCGAAGUGGAAUUUCUCGCUAAAUGCACAUCGUGUCUAGGUUUCUCUCUCGCGCCCUCUCUUGUGCUCUCUCUCUCUUCGUUACGACGCGAGUUGAAACACUUGGCAAGAGAUCUCGCAAAACCUGGUGAUAAUCUGGUGGUGGUUAAGCGCCUCCGAAUCUUCAAGAUCCUCCGCGUUUUGGGGGCUUCAAGCGCAAUGCAGCCGACCGAUCGGCUCACAAAUCUUUUGACUAUGGCGUGUUUAAGUUCGUCGAAUCGGGUCUGCGCCCGCGUUGUGCAGGAAAAAUUGUGUCAGUUCGUUGUUGGCAAAAAUCAGUUUGCUGCCACCGCAUCCACCACCACCAGUGCCUCUGGUGGUUCCGGAACUGUGGCUGGAUCCGGCGGUAAUAGUGGUAACAAUGGAAGCUGUGUCGCGACCGUGGAUCGUAUUGCCAAGAGAAAUAUCUUCUCCGGUGCCGUCUAUCCGUUGUUUACGUCCGGUGGCGCUAUCGGUGUGGAAGCUUUGAAAUAUGGACCAGGUGGAAUUGGUGUUGGAAGUGUGCGCAAUUUUUACAGCUCGUCUCUGGUACGCAAUCUCUUCAAGAAGAAUCAGCCAUGCAGUUCACAUCUCCUUCCGCCAGUCACACAUCCCUGCAUGCGAGGUUACAGCUCCGUCCACACACAGCAGCCAGCCGGCCCUAUCCGGGAGUACAACAUCGACCCCUACAUUCUAUUGGACGAGGAGCUUAAAUACAUAUUCGAAGAUAUUAGACAGGAAAUAAAUCGUGCCACCAACCACCAAGAGCUGAAAAAGAUCGCCGUGUACUACUUCGACGGCCAGGGAAAAGCGAUCCGACCGAUGGUAGCGAUGCUGAUGGCCAAAGCACUGAACUAUCACAUGCACAACGAAAACAGCAAUGUAGUGCACGCACAGCGGCAAAUUGCUAUGAUUUCGGAAAUGAUUCACACCGCCAGCCUCGUGCACGACGACGUCAUCGAUCAGUCCUUUGCGCGGAGGGGUAAACCCAGUGUGAACGUAAUAUGGAAUCAUAAAAAGGUGACACAAGCCGGCGACUAUGUUCUCGCUGUUGCAUCAAUGCUGUUGGCCCGCCUAAAACACGACGAAGUGACACACAUCCUCAGUCAGGUUUUGACAGACUUAGUGCAGGGAGAAUUUAUGCAGCUAGGCUCAAAGGAAACGGAAAAUGAACGAUUCGCACACUACUUCACCAAGACGUACAGGAAAACAGCAUCCCUGAUAGCGAAUAGUUUAAAAGCGGUGGCAGUAUUGUCUGGCGCAGAUGAACAGAUGGUCGAAUUGAGCUUCCAGUACGGACGCAACCUCGGGCUCGCCUUCCAGUUUGUGGACGAUCUGCUCGACUUCGUGUCCAGCUCAGAGGCAAUGGGUAAACCUGCGGCAGCCGAUCUGAAGCUGGGACUGGCCACCGCGCCGGUGUUGUUUGCGUGCGAAAAAUUCCCCGAGCUGAACCCGAUGAUCCUGCGUCGCUUCCGCGAGCCGGGCGAUGUCGAGCGGGCGUACGAGCUGGUUCAUCAGUCACAGGGACUGGAGCAGACGCGCUUCCUCGCACGCAAGCACUGCAUCGAGGCGCUCCGGCUAGCGUCCCAAAUCAGCGAAUCGCCGUAUCAAAAGGGUUUGAUAGUGGUCGGAGAUUUCGUACUGAACCGAAUGAAAUAAUAGUGGUGGGGCCACCCAGCGGCACCACCAACACCCGGAUGGCACCGGACCGGAUGUGUGAAUGGAUGCGUCCAUUUCCGCACAGCAAUUGCGUGUGUGUGUGCUUAUAAUAUGUAGGAAUUGAAAGAAUAAAUGGAUGAAGUGUAUCUACGCGAGUAGGACGAGCGACAGAGACGUUGAAACAAACAGUAGAAUUAUUUUUUUUAGCUAAGAUCGGGAGUGAUACAAAAAGAGGGUAGCUUAGCUCGGAGUUGCGUAGCAAGACCCAAGACAAGUCUAUGAGAGUGAAAUCGUGAAAAUGCGGACACGUGUGUUUGUCGAAGCGCGCAUUAUUACUUCCAAACGAAAGUAGUUAAACUGCAUAUUCAUUUGGUUGGUUUGUUUGGCUUCAGGUUUACAGGCGUUUAGCGUGUACGUUUUUGAAUGCUUGGGGGCGACUAUUUUUGGUUAUGUGUGCACGAGAGGAACCAGUGCGGGUUUUCUUUUUAUCGUUUUGUAAAAAAAAAAUCAAAUCAUAUUCUUAGCAGUCAGUAAGAUUAUCUAGCAAAGGAAGUUUUCCAGUUCAACGAUCGGAGUUGAUUGGUUUAGUUAGGCUCACUUACGGUGGCAAAUGCAUCGAGAGGAGGGAACACAACUGCCUCUCACACUGCAAAAAUGCACCUGUCACAUUCUGCAACCUCACCUAUGUGCAAUUAUCGUUAGUGGAAGGCAAAGAGUGCUUCCUCUCUCAGCAAAUGAUCAAUUCUAUCCAUAAAACCGUUAUUUGUGUAUAUUUUUUCCUCAUUAAAUAAAUUCGAUAUGUACGGAGUGCAAU